UUUCUCUUUUUUUCCUCAAGCAGAGUUUGGUAGUUUUGAAGUGUGGAAACAAUUGUACAUUUCUGGGUUGUGGUUGAAACAGAAAGAAUGUUGUUGGAGAAGAACUUCUGGAUGAUAGUUGUAUUGCUUCUUUUAGGAGUUGCAGAUGUUUUUCAUACUGUAGAAGGCAGGCCUCGCCGGAUUCUUUUGGAUACCGACGUCGAUACCGAUGAUUUCUUUGCUUUCCUUUACCUCUUGAAGCUUAACAGAUCAGAGUUUCAGUUGGAGGCUGUCACUAUCAACACAAACGCUUGGACUGAUGCUGGACAUGCAGUGAACCAACUCUAUGACAUCCUUUACAUGAUGGGCCGCGACGACAUUGCCGUGGGAGUCGGAGGCGAGGGAGGAAUACAAGAAGAUGGCACCAUUCUCCCAAAUGUUGGUGGAUAUCUUCCCAUAAUAGAACAGGGGAUGACAACAUCAGGAGGGUGCAGAUAUAGACAAGCCAUUCCUGUAGGUCCAGGUGGUCGUUUGGAUAUUGACUCAAAUUAUGGCAUCAGAAAAGCCUUCCUUCCACAGGGGCGCAGGAGAUAUACACCUCUAAAACAACCAACUACUCAGCAAGUAAUGUAUGAAAAAAUAUCUGCAGGUCCUAUAACGCUCAUAAUCAUUGGAGGACAUACAAAUUUCGCCAUAUUCCUUAUGAAUCAUCCACACUUGAAGAAAAACGUGGAGCACAUUUAUGUCAUGGGCGGAGGGGUGAGAUCGAAGAACCCGACCGGUUGUUGCCCCAAGAAUUCCUCCUCAUCUUGCACUCCCCGGCAGUGUGGUGAUCCUGGCAAUCUGUUCACCGAUUACACCAGCAAUCCUUAUGCAGAGUUCAAUAUCUUUGGAGACCCUUUUGCAGCAUACCAGGUGUUUCAUUCUGGUAUUCCAGUCACCCUUGUUCCCUUGGACGCCACAAACACCAUUCCCAUAAAUGAGGACUUCUUUCAUACAUUUGAGAAGACUCAGAGAACAUAUGAGGCACAAUAUCUCUUCCAAUCAUUGAAGAUGGCUCGUGACACUUGGUUUGAUGACCAAUUCUAUACGAGCUAUUUCAUGUGGGAUUCAUUCACAUCUGGUGUGGCAGUCUCAAUCAUGAGUAAAUCACAUAACCACAAUGGGGAAAAUGAGUUUGCUGAAAUGGAGUACAUGAACAUUACUGUGAUUACUUCAAACAAGCCUUAUGGGUUAUCCAAUGGAUCGAAUCCAUUCUUCGAUGGCCGCAAAAUUCCGAAGUUCAACUUAAAGAAAGGUGGAGUUCAUAGUGGUCAUGUUCAAACAGGACUUAGAGAUCCAUUUUGCUUUGUGAAGAAUGGGAAAGGGAGAUGUAAGGAUGGUUAUACAACUGAGGUAACUGGACCUGAAGCAGUAAGUGUCCUUGUUGCAACAAAAGCAAAACCAAAUUCAGAUCUUGACAGCCCACUUAAUAGAGCAUUUUAUAAAAGUUUCUUAGAUCUUCUAAACAGUCCUCGACACAGUGGGAAAUUCAACUUCACAACGCAGUUUCCUUAUUACAGAAAAGUUCUUUACAAGCCAGAUUUUGCAGGGAGGAGGCUUGGGAAACCGGUUGUGUUUGACAUGGACAUGAGCGCCGGAGAUUUUCUCGCGCUGUUUUAUCUCCUCAAAGUACCUGUGGAAGUGAUCAAUCUCAAGGCAAUAAUAGUAAGCCCAACUGGGUGGGCAAAUGCGGCAACAAUAGAUGUCGUUUAUGACUUACUUCACAUGAUGGGGAGAGAUGACAUUCCAGUUGGUCUUGGAGAAGCAUUUGCAAUGAACCAAUCCGACCCAAUCUUCUCUGCAGUUGGAGACUGCAAAUAUGUCAAGGCGAUCCCACAUGGAAGUGGAGGAUUUCUAGACUCCGACACGCUCUAUGGCCUUGCUAGAGAUUUGCCAAGAAGUCCUAGAAGGUAUACAGCAGAGAACUCUGUUAAAUAUGGAGCUCCAAGGAACACAGAUCAUCCUGAACUACGCCAAGCACUUGCCAGUGAAGUUUGGGAGUCCAUAUUGACAACACUUGAACCAGGUUCCAAGAUUACAGUGCUCACAAAUGGACCCUUGACUAAUUUAGCCAAGCUUAUUUCAUCAAACCAAAAAGCAAGCUCCCUAAUUCAGCAUGUAUAUGUUGUUGGGGGACAUAUCAGCAGUGGUCAUAUGGACAAAGGGAACGUAUUUUCAGUUCCUUCAAAUAAGUAUGCAGAGUUCAACAUGUUCCUUGAUCCUUUGGCUGUAAAGACAGUCUUCGAAUCGACGCUCGACAUCAUGCUCAUUCCGCUUGGCGUCCAGCGCAGUGUCUGUUCAUUUUCUAAGAUCUUAGAAACGAUGAAAACAAUGAAAAGGACAGCUGAGACCCGGUUCGCCCUGCGUUUGGUGUCGAGGCUACGUGACUUGAAAGAACUGCAUAGUAGAUAUCAGCAUAUGGAUACUUUUUUGGGAGAAAUUCUUGGUGCUGUUUUCUUGGCUGGUGAUCAUUCCCAUCUUAACACAUCUUUGAAAAUCAAGCCCAUCAAAGUUUAUGCCCAAGGAAUUGAAGCAAAAGAUGGGCAAACUUGGGUUGAUGAAAAACAAGGAAAAUCAGUCAAGAUUUUGGAGAACAUAAAUCCCAUGGCAUAUUACAAUGUUCUUGCAAAGCAGCUUAGUGAUGAGAAGCAAUCUGCUGUGAUAGCAAGUUAUGAUGAACAGAAAAGAAUAUGGAUUAAACCUCCUAGUUAAGACUCCAAAAAAAAAAAAAAAAAAAAAAAAUCUCUGACAGAACAUAAUUUAUUUUUGUUUUUCUUUUUCUUGAGAUGCAGAAGCUUGAUUUGUAAUGGUUAUAAUUCCUCACACAGAGAUGUUUAGUCAGAUGAAAUGUUCCAAGCGGAAAAUAGCUCAGUUGAAGCAAAAAAAAAAAGAAGGUGACACAUAGAAACAAAGAAAAAUGCAAUUAGAUUGUUCUUUUGUCUUUUAUUUGUUCUAACAAAGCCAAGCUCAAAAUUGUCCAUUGUUUCUGUUGCUUGAAUGUAUGAUUAUGAUAUCAACAGUUUGUCAUGACUCAU